AUGAGACUCACCCUCGACAACAUCAACCCCAACGUCCGGCGGGCCGAGUACGCUGUUCGAGGCGAGCUUGCCGUCAAGUCGGAGGAAUUCCGCGCCCGUCUCGCCAAGGGUGACAAGUGGCUUCCGUUCGACCACGUCAUCUCGGCCAACAUUGGCAACCCCCAGCAGCUCGACCAGAAGCCCAUCACCUUCUUCCGACAGGUCUGCAGUCUGCUUGAGAACCCCGAUCUUCUCAAGAACGAGAGUGCUCUCGUCGACAGCCUCGGCUACAAGCCUGACGUCCUCGACCGUGCCAAGUGGCUGCUCAAGCAGGUCGGCUCCGUCGGCGCCUACAGCGCGAGCAGCGGCGUCCCCGCCAUCAAGGAGAGCGUUGCCAAGUUUCUCGAGAGACGCGAUGGCUUCCCCGCCGACCCAGCCCACAUCUACCUCUCCGCCGGCGCCUCCUCGGGCGUCAACACGCUCCUCAACGUCAUCUGCGGCGACAAGACGGCAGGGGUGCUCGUGCCGAUCCCUCAGUACCCUCUCUACACGGCCACUCUGGCCCUGCUGAACGCCACCUGCGUGCCCUACAACCUCGACGAGUCCAAGGCAUGGGGCACCGAUCUCGAGACGAUCAAGAAGUCGCACCAAAAGGCCAAGGACGCCGGCGUCGACGUUCGCUGCAUCGUCAUCAUCAACCCCGGAAACCCGACGGGCGCCUCCCUCGCCGAGGAGGACGUCCGGGCGGUGCUCGAGUUUGCGCGCGAGCAAAACCUCGUCGUCAUGGCCGACGAGGUCUACCAGACCAACGUCUUCGUCGGCAAGUUCCACAGCUUCAAGGGCGUCCUGCGCAAGAUGCAGCAGGAGAGGCCCGGUCAGUACGACGGCCUCGAGCUCGUCUCCCUGCACAGCAUCUCCAAGGGCAUGGUCGGCGAGUGCGGCCACCGCGGCGGCUACUUUGAGCUCGUCAACUUCGACGCCGAGGUCGAGGCCAACAUUUACAAGUUCGUCUCCAUCAUGCUCUGCGCCUCCGUCAUCGGCCAGUGCCUUGUCGAGCUCAUGGUCAACCCACCCCAACCGGGAGAGCCCUCGUUCGAGCUCUACGACAAGGAGUUCAACGGCAUCCACGCCGGCCUCCACGAGCGCGCCGUCGCCCUGCACCGUGCCUUUGCCCAGAUGGAGGGCGUCGAGUGCGCCGAACCCCAGGGCGCCAUGUACCUCUUCCCCACCAUUCACCUGCCCCAGAAGGCCAUCGACGCCGCGGCCGCCGAGGGCCGCCCGGCCGACGAGUUCUACUGCCUGCGCCUGCUCGAGCAGACGGGCAUCUGCGUCGUCCCGGGCUCCGGCUUCGGCCAGGCCGAGGGCACGCUGCACUUCCGGACCACCUUUUUGGCCCCCGGCACCGAGUGGGUCGGCAGCAUCGUCAAGUUUCACAAGGAGUUUCUGGACAAGUACAGGUAG